AAGAAAAAGAAAAAGAAAAUGGGAAAAUCACAAUCCCUGGAAGCCCCCAAGUGUUAGAAUUUCUUGACAUUGAAGGUACCCUUCUCUUUUGUUGCUUGACCCUCAAUCAAAGACCCAUCUUUUCCGUUUUGCGUAGGGAACUUCAGCACUGAAGCCCUAAUCACCAUAUCCACCACCCCUUUUGUUUCUUCUUCUAUUCCAACAUGGGUCGCGAAAGUGUGUUCCUUCCAACCACUGCCUCCACCACAGUGAACCCAGUGGCAGCACCACCUACCUCCCUUGCUCCUGGCUUCAGGUUCCACCCAACUGAUGAGGAACUUGUUAUUUACUACCUCAAACGCAAGGUUUCAGGAAAACCUUUUAGAUUCGAUGCUAUAUCUGAGGUUGACAUAUACAGGAGCGAGCCCGGGGACCUGGCAGAUAAGUCAAGGCUGAAGACCAGGGACCAGGAGUGGUAUUUUUUCAGUGCAUUGGACAAGAAAUAUGGGAAUGGGGGGAGGAUGAACAGGGCUACGGGCAAAGGGUAUUGGAAAGCCACUGGGAAUGAUCGACAAGUGAAGCAUGAAGAAAGGGUUGUGGGGUUGAAGAAAACUUUGGUGUUUCAUAGUGGACGGGCUCCGGAUGGCAAGAGGACUAAUUGGGUCAUGCAUGAGUACAGGCUUACUGAAAAGGAGAUGGAGAGGAUUGGGACUGGAUCCUCUCAGCCCCAGGAUGCGUAUGUUUUGUGUAGAGUAUUUCACAAAAAUAACAUAGGACCUCCGAAUGGGCAACGAUAUGCUCCCUUCAUUGAAGAAGAAUGGGAUGAUGCAGCGGGAAUGGUUCCAGGGGUAGAGCCUGUGGAUAAUGGCUAUGUUGCCCACCAACCGCGUGUUGAAGGAAAUGGUGUUUUAUGCACUGAAGUUGUACAGGACACUCAAUCUAUGAAUAAAGCUCCAUUUGAUGUGAACAAGCUUCCUAUAGAAACUCAAAAUCUUCUAGCUGUGUGCAAGAGGGAAAGCAUGGCUGAGUAUCCAUCGCCUGAACAGGAUGAUAAUAAUUGUAAGCAUGUGGAUGAGGAUCCAUCACCUCAAACAGAUAACCCAAAGCCUUUCUCUCAAAUAUACAAACGAAGGCGGCAUAACUUGAACUCCAACCACUCUAAUGUUUCUGGGGAUGCAAUCCAAGGCAGCCAGGAUCUGUGCUCAUCCACAAUAAGCACCAAUGCAUCGACACUCUCGACCACCACUGCAGCUGCCACAACUACGAAUACUGUGCCAAAAAAACAUUUUCUGUCUGCAUUGGUGGAGUAUUCCCUGCUAGAAUCCCUUGAAUCAAAGGAAAGCCUAGCUUCAAUUAAGACACCAGAUUUUGACACCCAAAAUUUAGAAUCAUCCAUGCCUCCAAAUUGUGCAAAGUUCAUCAAACAGUUGCAGAGUGAGAUGCAGAAGCUUUCGGUUGAAAAAGAGACGAUGAGGUUUGAGAUGAUGAGCGCACAGGCGACGAUUAACAUCCUCCAGUCUCGUGUGGACAUUCUGAGCAAAGAAAAUGAGGAGUUGAAGAGGUUGGUCCAAAAUCCUUAGGAAAUGCCCCUUGUAUCAGUUUAAGUUAGUCACCACCGAGUAAUGGACCUCGGUGCAUCGGAUAUUUUAUUAGUUUUCGGAGUAUGAAUUGUAGUUUGUUUCGUUGGCUAAACUUGUCAAUGUUAUCAUUUCAAACUUUUCAUUGUGUAGCAUAUGACUUUCAAUUUCCCGUUGUUGUGAAAAUGACCAUGUUAGUUCUUGCCUAUCUCAAUCAAUAGAUUAGUAGCAUCUCAAUUUGAUA